AUGGCGAAAGGAGAUAGAAAGUGGCUGAAGAAGAUGGAGUAUGGCCAGGCGACACAGAGUGAUCACGUAGUCAGAGAAGUCCCUGGCAACCAAGCUCAGGGUCAGACAAGGCCCACAGAAGCCUCAGGCAGUAGUAGAGUUCAUCUCAAAGAGGAGGUGUUUGGUUACCGGACCCAGAAUCUACGCAGGGCCCUCUGCCUUGUAACAUCCAUACUGACUUGUGGGUUUCUUCUGCUGGUGUUCUACUGGAAACCCCAGUGGAGGGUGUGGGCCAACUGUAUCCCAUGCCCCUUGCAAGAAGCAGACACUGUUUUGCUAAAAACAACGGAUAAAUUUCAAAGAUAUAUGAGGAAGAAGGUUGUAUGCCUCUACUUAUCCGCACUAAAGUUUCCUAUAAGCAAGAAUCCAGAAGAACCCCUGGUGGCUGACCGCCACUCUGUCAUUAACCAAGCCGUACUGAAGCCAGAAUUAAAACUGCAAUGUGUCCAAGUGCAGAAAAUCAGGUAUGUUUGGAACUACUCUGAGAAGAGGUUUCAGAAAGUUGGGCUACUAGAAGACAGCAACUCCUGCCACGACAUCUACCACACAUUUGGACUGGGCCUGACCAGUGAAGAACAAGAGGUCAGAAGAUUAGUGUGCGGGCCCAAUGCCAUUGAGGUAGGAAUCCAGCCCAUAUGGAAGCUGCUUGUUAAACAGGUUUUAAAUCCAUUCUACGUGUUCCAAGCCUUUACCCUAACUUUGUGGCUGUCCCAAGGUUACAUAGAAUACUCUGUGGCCAUCAUCAUCUUGUCUGUUAUCUCCAUUGUCUUAAGUGUGUAUGAUUUGCGACAGCAAUCAGUUAAGCUGCACAACCUCGUGGAGGAUCACAACAAAGUCCAGGUUACAGUCAUGGUAAAAGGCAAAGGUUUGCAGGAACUGGAAUCCCGUCUCUUGGUUCCUGGAGAUACUAUUAUUCUUCCAGGAAAAUUUUCUUUGCCAUGUGAUGCUAUUCUGAUUGAUGGAAGCUGUGUGGUGAAUGAAGGCAUGCUAACAGGAGAAAGUAUACCGGUCACAAAGACACCAUUGCCUCAUUUGGAGAACACCAUGGCCUGGAAAUCCCACAGCUCGGAGGAUUAUCGGAAACAUGUCCUUUUCUGUGGGACAGAAGUUAUCCAGGUCAAGCCAUCUGGGCAGGGGCCAGUGAGAGCAGUUGUCUUGCAAACAGGUUACAAUACCGCCAAAGGGGACUUGGUGAGAUCCAUCCUCUAUCCUCGGCCUCUGAACUUCAAACUAUACAAUGAUGCCUUCAAGUUUAUAGUGUUCCUGGCCUGCCUUGGAGCUGUGGGUUUCCUCUAUGCCCUUGGUGUAUAUAUGUACCAUGGAGUUUCUCCAAGAGAUACUACAACCAUGGCCCUGCUCAUCCUCACCAUAACUGUCCCUCCUGUGCUGCCAGCUGCCCUGACCACAGGCAUCGUGUAUGCACAAAAGAGGCUGAAGAAAAAGAAAAUCUUCUGUAUCUCCCAGCAGAGAAUCAAUAUGUGCGGGCAAAUAAACCUCGUGUGCUUUGACAAAACUGGCACUCUUACAGAAGAUGGGCUGGACCUCUGGGGGGUGGUCCCAACUGCUGACAACUGUUUUCAGGAAGUCCAUAGCUUUGCCUCAGGCAAAGAUUUGCCGUGGAGCCCUCUGUGUGCUGCCAUGGCCAGUUGCCACUCUCUGAUCCUUCUCAAUGGGACCAUCCAGGGAGACCCACUGGACCUCAAAAUGUUUGAGGGCACUGCCUGGAUAAUGGAAGAUUGCAGUGCAGACUACUGCAAAUUUGGGAUGUUAGAUUCAAACACCAUAAUAAAACCAGGACCAAAAGCCAGUUGGAGUCCUAUAGAAGCCAUAGCCAUCUUGCGCCAGUUUCCGUUUUCCUCAAGCCUGCAGAGGAUGUCUGUGGUCGCUCAGCUGGCGGGGGAGGAUCACUUCCAUGUCUAUGUGAAGGGUGCCCCGGAGAUGCUGGCCAAGUUCUGCAAGUCUGAAACAGUGCCAAAGGAUUUUCCACAGAAACUGAGGAGUUAUACAAUACAAGGUUUCCGUGUCAUUGCCCUCGCCCAUAAAGCCUUGAAGAUAGAGAAGCUUUCGGAAGUACAGAAUUUAGCCCGAGAGAAGGUGGAGUCAGAGUUGACAUUUCUGGGACUUCUCAUAAUGGAGAAUCGCUUGAAAAAGGAAACCAAACCAGUCUUGAAGGAACUGAGUGAAGCCCGCAUCAGGAUGGUGAUGAUUACUGGUGACAACCUUCAAACAGCCAUCACUGUGGCAAAGAAUUCCGAAAUGAUUCCUAGAGGAAGCCAAGUGAUCCUUGUUGAAGCCAAUGAACCAGAAGAUUUUGUUCCUGCCUCUGUGACUUGGCAGCUGAUCGAGAACCAAGAGAAUGGAUUGGGGAGGAAUGAAACCUACCUUAACAUUGGGAACAGUUCAGUGCCUGAUGGAACAAGAGGGAGCUGUUACCAUUUUGCAAUGAGUGGGAAAUCAUACCAAGUGAUAUUUCAGCAUUUCAACAGCUUGCUUCCAAAAAUUCUGGUGAAUGGAACCAUUUUUGCAAGAAUGUCACCUGCACAGAAAUCUAGUCUUGUCGAAGAAUUUCAGAAAUUAAAUUACUAUGUGGCCAUGUGUGGAGAUGGGGCUAAUGACUGUGGGGCUUUGAAAAUGGCUCAUGCAGGCAUUUCACUGUCAGAGCAGGAGGCAUCGGUGGCUUCCCAUUUCACGUCGAAAAUGGCAAACAUUGAGUGUGUGCCUCAGCUCAUCAGAGAAGGCCGAGCUGCUCUGGUUUCAUCCUUUGGGGUAUUUAAAUACUUGACCAUGUACGGCUUAAUCCAGUUUAUUGGUACAUCACUGCUCUAUUGGCAACUACAGCUCUUUGGGAAUUACCAGUAUCUUAUGCAAGAUGUAGCCAUUACCUUGAUGGUCUGUUUAACAAUGAGUUCAACUCAUGCCUACCCGAAGCUGGCUCCUUACCGACCUGCAGGACAGCUCCUCUCUCCCCCUUUGCUGCUCUCAGUCUUCUUGAACACUUGUUUUACCUGCAUUGUGCAAGUCUGUGCAUUUCUCUAUGUGAAGCAGCAGCCCUGGUAUUGUGAGGUCUACAGAUACAGUAAAUGCUUUCUGGACAGCCAAAGUAAUUUCUCAAUAAAUGUGAGUUUGGAGAGAAAUGAGACUGGAAAUGCAACUCUGAUUCCUGGUUCAAUUUUAAGUUUUGAGAGUACCACACUGUGGCCCAUCACCACCAUUAACUGCAUCAUGGUGGCAUUUAUCUUCUCUAAGGGAAAGCCAUUUCGAAAACCCAUCUACACAAACUAUAUGUUUUCAUUUCUGCUGAUGUCUGCCUUGGGCCUCACAGUUUUCAUUCUGUUUUCUGACUUUCAAGCUAUAUACCAUGGAAUGCAGCUUAUCCCAACCCUGACAUCAUGGAGGGUUUCGAUUUUGGUGGCAGUCCUCACCCAAUUCUGUGUGGCUUUCUUUGUAGAGGAUGUCAUCCUUCAAAACCGAAAGCUCUGGCUAUGGAUCAAAAAAGAAUGUGGAUUCUCUUCUAAAAGCCAGUAUAGGAACUGGCAGAAAAAGCUCGCAGAAGAUUCCACCUGGCCUCCCACACACAGAACAGAUUAUUCAGGUGAUGGUGAAAAUGGAUUCAUCAAUCCUGGCUAUGAGGACCCUGAACAGAUUCCAAGAGCAAAAUCAGAAUUGGGAGGCCAAACCCCGGAAGAGCAUUUUUGGACAAGGCUGUAA